AUUAAAGGAAGGUGUCUUUUUCAGUCUUUCUUUCAGAUGAUUUUAGGACUCUGGUAUUGAGCAGAACGCAUGUGAUAAAUUAUUUAUGGUUGAGACGUAUAAUAAGAGAACACUGCUCCAGGGGCUUCUUCUCAGACAGGCAAAGAAAAACUUCCACAGAUCAACAGCAGAUCAUUCACUGUCUGAGUGCUAGGAUGCACUCAGCACUUUUGUUUGAUUCACAGAGAGACUCUUGUUCACAGAGAGUGGGCUUACUGUUCGUCUACUGUGAGGACCAAAGAUGACUUGAAGUGCAUGUGACACGCCAGUGUGCUUCAGCCUUAAACAGCAUGUUUCAGUCUUAGUGUCUUAGUGUUGUCAUUAAAUGAGACUGAUUUAAUUAAUGAGACAUGUUUAAAGGUGAAGUGUGUAAUUUCUGUACCACUAAAGGUGGUCCGAUGCCCAAAGGGGGUCAAAGUUUUGCUUUAUGUUAUGUUAUGUGUUAUAUGUGUUAUGUUAUGUUGUGUUAUGUUAUGUUGUUAUGGGACAAGCAUUAUAAUAUAAUACCUGAAACCCUACAUAAGACAAGCAUAUGUCAUGUUAUCUGCACAAACAGAUAAUACAAAAAAUUAUUUGAUCACUAACAUAACUUGUUUGAAAACAAUUAUUUUUGCACUUUUGAUGUGCUGCUAGUGGGGCAGAAAUACACACUUCACUCAAAUUAUGUAAAUGGACAAUUUUUGAGAUUCAAUAUUUAAACAGUCUCUGGAUUAUGAUUUGUGGCUCCCUCAGAGAUGCUCUUUGAAACUGGAGGCACCCGGAGUGCAUUAUAUGUGUGUGUGUGUCUGAUGCAUGUAUGUUUUUCUAUGAGAUUUGCUAAACCUCCUAAACUCACACAGGGAUCAGAGGUUAGUAUGUAUAGGGUCACAGCGAUGUAGAAAAGGAGGAGCGGAUAGUGGGAGCGAGGGAGGUGUGUUUAGUCUGUACAGAGGAAGUCCAACUGCUCCCUACGAACUGUGUCGCUAUCAUAGACGUUGUGAAAGGGUAUUUGGAAAGUCACUCACCCCUUCAGGGGCCUGUUGUUUCCCACGCUGCCUUCCCAUGCUCCCCAGUCUUACUUCAUAUUUGCACGUCUAUAAAUAAAACUCCUUCUGACAAGAAGCGCUUGAUAACUGGUCCAGAGAUGCACAUGAACCACUAUUAACCAAAGGUUGUUAGCCUUUCCCGCAAUAUGUGCUAAUAGAGCAUGGGAGGGCUUUAGAUACAGAUUGCAGUGUCUAUGUAAAAUGACUGUGCCAGAAACACUUUUCUCAAGUACACAAAUCAGACUAAGUGGCCAGUGCAUGAAACAUGUGCAGUACUGUACGUAAUGUGUAAAACCAUAAUUUUAUAUAUAUAAAAAAUAAUUCACAAAGUGGAGUUUGCUAUUAGCAUGAAGCGCACAUGUUCACAUUUGCGAAGAGUACGCUUGGGGCAUUGGUGUAUGUGGGACAGGGCAGAAAUGCAGCGGAACUGUGUGUCUAGGGGAUUUAGGGCUUUAUAUCUUUCAUCUACUGCUUGUUUUUCUUCCAGCUCAUGCCACCCAGUAGAAACACCUCAUAUAAACACUGCUGUCAUUGUCUGGAAUGCUGUGAACUGUUGUUCUGCAUUGUAAUUUGUGUCACUAACUGAAUAAUUUUGCAUAUUGAUUUCUCGCUGUCCUCUCUUUGGGCUUCUGUUUGUGCCCUUUUUAUGAGAAGUAAUUUGUUUUUAUCAUUACACUUCCAUUUUUCUAUUUAUAAAUUUCUGAAAAUUCUAUUUAGAUAAUUUUCAAAUUAUAGGGGGGGAAAUGGAUUCCCCCCUUUUGGGAAAUUAAAAUCUCUUGUUUUUCUUAGUUGUGGUGCAAAAAAAAAAAAAAAAAAAAAAAAAGUGACUGACUGUAUAAAACAGCAACUUCAAGCAGAAGUUAACCAGUCGCAUUGGCAGUGGUCUAAACUAACGCGCAAGUGAUUAUCUCCUGUCUGGCAGCUGAAGUGGCAGCCUUCAAGACUGGACAGAACUGGGCUGAGCAGAAUCUGGUUGAACCAGGAACCUUUUAGGACUUGUUAAAAGAAUACCACUUAAUUGUGAAACCACAACUCCACCAGUCAAACGCAAUUACAGAAUUUGUGAGUUGGUGCAAACCAAGAUGCCUAUCUUAAAACAGCUGGUAUCCGGGUCUCAGACCAAACGGCGCUCCCGUAUGGACCUUACUACCGAGAUGAUCAGCGCCCCCUUAGGUGACUUUCGACACACCAUGCAUGUAGGGCGCAGUGGGGAAGCUUUCGGGGACACCUCUUUCCUCAGCACUCGAUCCGGAGAGCCAUCCCAAGAGGGACACACCUAUCCUCGCUCCCCCAAACCGGGACUGCUGUCUCGUACCUUCCGGAGCAGCAAGCGCUCUCAGUCCGUCACCAGAGUAGACCAGCGAGACAACACCUUCCUUCCACCCAGUGGGUCACCUACCUUUGUGAAGAAUGCCAUGUCCUUGCCUUUUUUGAACAAUGAAGAAGGACAGGAAGGAGACAGUAGGGUGCUCAAGAGCUUGACUUCUAGCUCCUCAAAUGGGGCCUCUGCUAACGCAUUGGACCUGGAGCUCCAUGAGAAGCAUUUCGGGGUGUUGACGGACCUGCGGCCUUCCCCAUCCUACUACAACGGGGGAGGAAUGAAGAAGGCUGAAUCUGUAAUGUCAUUCCAUGUUGACCUUGGGCCCUCGAUGCUGGGGGAAAUCCUGGGGGUCAUGGAGAAGGAAGAUGAUGAUCAGGGGUUUGAGGAAGGCAAGAGCAGUGAGGGGCAUGCUUCUCCUCUUCCCUGCAACCAGGGAGGUGUGGAAAUGGAUGAGGAAAUGAGGGAGGUUGUUGAGAAGGAAGAGGAACCAGAGGGAUUAGUAGCUCACGACGAGGGUCCCAUGAGGGCUCCCAGCUCUGUCGACUUGGAAAUCCAGAGCGAAGGCACCAGCACCCCAGAACCACACCACAAACAUCUGCAUCACCUCGACAGCUGCUCAGUUUCCAGCUCAGGUUCAGCCGCCAUGGAGGAGAAACCAACCAGUGAGCCUUACGAGGAAGAUAUUGGGGUUACCGACAACACCUGCAACCCAGACAAUGAACCAGCCUUCUCCUCCUUCAUGGAAGAUGAGGAUGAUGAGAUCCGAGUAUGAAACCCUACAAUCAGUAAACCUUUCUGCGGAUGGAGAGAUAAAUAUCCAGAACUUGGCAUUGUGUAAAGAGGAGAAAUGCGAAGACAUAAGCACGUCAAAGCUGGACAGAUGCCUCAGGUUCCUGUGUCCCUGUAGAGAUAAGUUGAGGAGACUGCUUUAGCUCAGACACCAAAGCCAUCUGUCACACUACUGACCCAUGCUAAAGAUGAACCGCUAGAUGUGUUUACAUUCUCAGACCGAAUAUCAGUUCAAAAGGGACCUGCUACAAGUUCCACUGAUAGCUUUGCCGAAGGAAGGGUGUCCGGGGAUACAUACGUGACCAAAACUUUAAACUUCACUUGCUCAAGCAGAUGCCGUUUUAAGCCAUUCUCCCAUAGUCCCAUGCAGGGUUCCCAGAGUCAUAAGCUGGAAAAUCAGGGAUUUUCUAAAAAUGUUAUUUUCAGAAAUUGAAAGGUCAUGAUUUUUUUCUAGUUAUGCUCUGCUCUAAAAUGUUCCAUCUGUGAAAAAUUACAUUUUGUGUUUGCAAUCUCUAUAAAAAAAAGUUUUCAAAAUCCUCAUCCGGUAAUCAUGAGUAGCUAGAACAUCAUGUAAAUUCAUUGGUCAAAAGAUUUGGGAACCCUGCCUAUGACUUGGUGCCUAAAGAUAAUGGUUGUUUUGAUUUGCAGCACUAGUGUAAUAAAGUAAAUUAUAUAAUCUGUGGCCCUGUGCAUAAAGGUACUGUAUAUUUUCAAAGUUAAAAUCAGCACUCUGCUAUUUCCAGAAAAGCAACGUUGUGUGUGGAGUGAGCUUUUAAGUGAUGAUCCAAAAUGCUAAGUUCUGUUUUACCAUACACAUUCUUGGGGUUGUCAAAGCCCUACAAAUAAUUUAUCUCUCGAUUGCAUAUAAUUCAGUCAUCCAUCCGGUUACAUGGCAUCAGUUUGAGAGCUACUGUGGUUCAGAAGCUCAGGAAAUGUCCUUGUAAAGCUGAUUACAAAAACUACAAAAAAAGCUCAAAUGGAGAUGAUUUGAAGGUGGCAGAUGUUUGAGAACUUCUUCAUCCUCCACGAAAUUAUUAUAGUCCACUUUUGGGAAGUAUGGCAACAGGUGUCCCUCCAUCAGAUCUCAUUUUUUCAGUCUGUACAUGUUUUGCAUAGUCGUUGUUUGCUCAGUAUCUUGCAUAUCUCACCACUUCCUUCCUGCUCUUCAUGGCGUGUGAGGGGAACUACUGCUGUUUAUUGCUGGAUUUUUUUUUUUUUUUUUUUUCAGUUUGGUUGUUGCUGUCAUCGAAACAUUAAACCAUUGGUUAAACAAUAUGUGCUAUGUCAAGCAAAACUAAGAAGUCAGUUGUGUUAUGUCAUGUCUUCUAGUAAACAUGAACAUGUCAGUUGAAUUAAUUGUGCUAACUCACCUUAGCAAAUUAUGGCAAUGGUAUUGCUCUUUAGGAAAUUCACUGGGACGCUUUAAUACACUGUUAAUACACAGAGACACUAAUUGAUUCCGUUUGAUUCAUAGACAUUUUCAUUGUGUACAUAUAGGUCUACAUAUUGCAGAUGACCUUGAGUAAACUAAAAUGAGGCCUUUAUUACUGCAGACCUUUAUGUGUGAAUUAACUGCAGUAGUCUGCAAGCUCACUGUCUCUGAAUUAAAAAUCAGCCAGUCUUGUGAAGUCUUGCAACAUUAGGACUACAGCAGUAAGACGAGAUUUACAGGGAAUCCUCAGCUGCUUCACACUUGGGGUCAUGUCAGCCUUAAGCAGAAAAGUGCCAAAUCUAAUCUAGCAUGUACUGCCUAGUAAGCCUGACUUUUGAGUAUCAUUUAACAUGAAUGAAUUAGGCUUUGCCUUAAUCUGCUAUUUCAGAUAUGGUCCAAACAAUCCAUCUUAGUUUGAUUACUGUGGACAGAAAUGCUAAGCAAGAAUUUACCCAAUUUGCUUCAAGAUGAACCUCAGGGAGAAAAAAACACAUGAGGUUAGCGAUUCAGAUUUAUUUGCAUAGCCUUGUGCUAGCAGUCAAUUUCAAAUUUGGGAAGAUAAGAGAGAAGUCUGUUUAUAUCUGAAACUGUGUGGCUGUGUGUGAGGUGGAUUUAGCGAAGUUUAUCUUCGUUUUUUCCCUUUUUUGUGAUAAUAGUGCUCUUUGUCUCGCUUUGCUACAGUUUCUCUGUUGUAUAUAUUCAUGCUUGCCAGCCUUUUCAAAAGGCUAUAACUAUAUUUUUUAAAUAAACGUUGUCCACAAAUGUUCUUUUCUUCAUUUAAUAUUUUUUUUCCCCCUGUAAGAUUAUUAUUUCAUUAUAGUUUUGUAUUGUGCAAGUGGCUUAAAUUUGAUUUUAUCAUUUAGAAAAUACAAACAUGAAGUCAUUUGGUUCAUGAGACUGACAAUAAAAAAGCCUUUUGAUUGUG